CAUGCUAAAUCGCAUAGUUUUAUAAAUAUUGACGAAAAACGUAAAAAACUACGAAUUUACCGAUUUCCCCCCCUCUCUUUCCCAAACCCGACGCUGAAAAUGGUGUGAGUUUUUCCUGAACAUUAUGUGGACCAUAUAGAACAAUUUAUUGUUGAAGGAUAACUUUCACUUUGGAUGUCUGGGUUAUGCCAUUAUUUGUAUCAAUUCUAUCAUACUAUCUGCGCUAGGAGUUUCAAUAUGAAUCGUUAACAACGCAGAAUAAACAGAUCAUGCCACAGCAUUCAGGGAGUUGUUAUGACUGUAGAUCUUUAGUUAAGGGUCAGGCGUCCGUUAUCCUUGAAGACAGUUGGUCGGGUAAAAUAUUCGCCAGGUCGGAAGAGUGUCAAUACAAGAAGUGUAAUUCGCCAUACACGGUAGCAGAAUUGACGUUCGGAGGAGACGCCAAGGAUGACAGAUAUCGUGUUUCUGUCAUAGAUGGAUACAACAAACCGAUUAAGAUCCAACCAACUGGCCCCAACAACUUCUGCAAAGCUUCUUCGUGUAAGAUCAACCUCAAACAGAACUGUCCUCCAACACACCAAAUCAAGGGAGAAGAUACCGACGACACAGUAGCUUGUCACGCUCUUCUAGAUGUUUUCCAGAGUUUAUGUCCUCAUGCAGCUACAUCAGAGACUGACAAAGACAUGUUCUCGUGUAAGACUUCAAAUACGUAUUUCGUGACAAUUGGUUAAAAGAUAUGCGAAGAAGUGGGUGUUGGUUUUAGGAUGUAAAAAUGGUCAUUUGUUGUGUAGGUGAAUGUUGUAUAAAGUGAGUCAAAUGGUUAAAAGUCAGAACUUUUAAUAUAGUCCAAGUAAUGAAGCUUAAAAUAGGAGAAAACCUCGCAAUUUUUACAGAAUGGAUCGAUUUGCUUGAAAAUUUGAGAAUAAGUAGUGGAUAGUCCAAGGAUCAAAAUCUAUAUGAUGCCAAAAGGCGCUUUUACCAUGGGGGUGGUUGCCACCCCAUGUCGGGGGUGAAAUUUUUUUAUUAUAUUUUGACCGCAAAAGUUGGUAAAAACAUUCAUUCUAAGCAAAAAAUGUUCUAUACAUGUUUUUGAUAAAAUUAAUAGUUUUCUAUUUAUUCGCUAUCGAAAAUGUUAGUUUUAUAUUAAAAAAAUUAAUGUUUUUAAUCAGUUUUCUGCAAAUUACUUAAGAAGUUUUUGUUUUAUAAAAACAACUUUGCUUAACAAAAAUGUACCUUUUAAAAAAAUCUACAAAACCGUUUUUUUAAAUUUUCUUUAAGACCAAUAGUAAUCGAGCUAUACUUUAUUAUAUGUUAGGUCCUCUUCGGAAAAUGCUAAAUAUUGUAGUUUCAAAGUCAAAAGACGAGAAAACUAUGCAUUUUUCGAGGAUCACUUGUUUAAACUAACUUGAAGUGUUUAAAAAUAUCUAUCUUCAGAAAUAAAAAAAAGUCUUUAGCUCAAAAUUUAGGUGGCUUAUAAUGAAAAGAAUGUCAGACCCUAUAUUUUUCAGCGAAAAAGUGAUCGAAAGCAAACCCGUAAUCACCACCCUGAUUAAAAUUAGUUAUUGACCUUAUUUCGUCUUCUUUACUUAUGUAUUAUUAAUAGGUUCUAGAAGUGUUUAACUGGUUUAGAAUGAUUAGUUUUAAAAAAAAUGGAGUCAAAAGCAAAUAUCGAAUUUUUGAAGUUUGGUAAAAAAUUCCCUUUUCUUCAGAAUAGAAAGAUUAUCAUCAGAGAUACAAAAAAAUAUUUAAAUAUAAAAUUGUAGCUUAUUUAAUUCCCAAGAACAUAGUUUGCAAAAAAUUUCUCUACGGUAAAAAUUGAGUGAGCUAUUGACAAUUAAAACUUGUAAUAACAUGCAAAAAUCACCUUUACCAACCCAUUCAAAGUCACCACUUUUUGCGACUGGGGAUUUUAAAAGGAUUUGGUAUUAAUAGUCUUAUAGAUCUUGUAAAAACCUACAAAAUUGUUUUUUAACAAACUUUCUAAGAUAAAAAUUAAAAAGGUUACGGUAAAAAAUCAAUAUAUUUUUUUCAAAAAAAAAAAAAGAAAUCCAAUUGGAAGCAUAAUAAUGUAAGUUAGCUUUGCUUUUAGUCAUUGGCCUUAUUAAUUCUUCUUUAUUUAUGUAUUAUUAAUAGAUUUUAAAAGUUUGACUGGCUUAGAAUGAUUAGUUUUUAAAAAACUAGAGUUAAAAGCGAAUAAAGACUUUUUGUAGUUUGGUAAAAAUGCCAUUUUCUUCAAAAUAGAAAGAUUAGCAUCAGAUAUACCAAAAAAUGUUUUAUAUGAAAUUGUAGGUUAUUUAAUUCCCAAGAACUUGGUUUGAAAAAAAUUUUUCUACGGCAAAAAUUGAGUGAAUGGUAAAUGAGUAUAUAUCGAAAAACAUUGAUUUUUUCUAUAUAAAACUAACACUUUCGAUAGCGAAUAAAUCGAAAAGUAUUAAUUUUAUCAAAAAAAUGUAUAGAACAUUUUUUGCUUAGAAUGAAUGUUUUUAUCAACUUUUGCAGUCAAAAUAUAAUAAAAAAUUUCCACCCUUAAGAUGGGGUGGCAACCGACCCCAUGGUAAAAGCGCCUUUCGGCAUCAUAUAGAUUUUGAUCCUUGAAUUAUCCACUACUUAUUCUCAAAUUUUCAAGCAAAUCGAUCCAUUCUGUAAAAAUUGCGAGGUGAAAGGCUUCGGUUCCUGGACUAAUACUACAAGCUAGAAAAACUUGGUAACUUGUGGAACAAGUGAUUCUGUAAUUCAGUAAUAAAGAAAAUCCUUGAUUUUUUAACUUGAAUGAACUAUUUUGAGUUAAGAGACUUGGCGUCUUUUUUUGAGUGUCACAAAAGUACUUUAUAAUUUCAGUUGCUCUCCCUGUCUGUUACUACUUUGGCGAUGAUAAUGUAUGGUUAGUGAACUUCUAUUCAACUUUUGGACAAAUUUAUUACGCUAAAAAGCAACAUAAUUCCACAAAAUACUAGAAUAAUAAUUAUUCAAUAACUUAUUUUUGACAUUUCGUAAAUUUAACAAAACAGCUGAAAACUUUAGCUGUACUUUUCAACUGUAACAAAAUUCUUUACUUGAGCCAAAUACUUUGGACAUGUAAAGAAUUACAAAAAGUUUUCAGAGACAAACAGACCUGAUACACUUUCAAGUCUUUUUGUUGUUAAACUCAAAAAGAAAAAUCUUUACUUGAUUUUUGUUUAGCUUUUUAUAUCGGGUUAACUUUGUACUAUUCUUGGAGUUUUUGAAAUUACUUUAACUAAAACUAAUAGAAUAAAAGCUUCUUUGAAAAUGUCAAUGUAAAAAAUCGUAACAACAUAAAUAGAUAAGAUAGAAAGUUUCAUUAUGAAGAAGACAUUUUCCAAAAUAUAUCAAAAUUUGCGAAAAAUGAAAGUCUUGUCUACAUUUGUCAUUUACAGCUAAUAUCUGAAAUUUAACUACACUCCGGGCCAAAAAAAUCGGGACACCUUAAAUAUGGGUCAUUUUUAAUGUGUCAAAUCUCCUAAACCUGUUGUCCGAUUUUAGUGAUUUUUUUAAUAUGUUAUAGCCUUAUUCUCUAAGAAUAUGGAUGUAGUAAUAGUGUUGCUGAACAGGUAAAUGUCAUUGUAUACCGGGUGUAACAAUAAUACUGUGUUUUUUCCUGAAAGUUCGUAACACCCUGUGGAAUAUUCUAGCAUUUAAAAAAUAUUGAAAUUAAAACUCAAUUGUAGCCUUAGCCUUUCUUAACAUUCUGCUUUUUGACUCAUUCACUUAUGUUGGAUAAUGAAAAAGUUAGGUACUUUGACAACUAGCCAUGUUCUUCAUCAACACAGGGUGUUUCUAAAUAAGUGCGACAAACUUAAAGGGUUAAAGAAGGGUUAAUUCUGCAUGAAAAAAUAAUGACAGUUUGCUUUAAAAACCUAUGUCCGCAAAUGCUUGGUUUCCAAGAUACAGGAUGUUGAAUUUUUUCUUACAAACUGACGAUUUAUUUAUUGCUCUAAAACUGGUUGACAUAUGCAAAUGAAAUUUGGUAGGUUUUAAAAGGUAGUUAUUUCACAUUUUUUGACAUACAACUAAAAAUUUUAUAUUCACCAUUGGCGUGCAUACAGGUGAUAUGACCGGGUAAUAUGACCCGUAUGGACGCCAAUGGUGCAUAUAAAAUACAUAAUUGUAUGUCAAAAAAUGCGCAAUAACUGACUCUUACAACCCACCAAAUUUCAUUGACAUAUCUUAACCAGUUUUAGAGUAAUAAAUAAAUCGUCAGUCUGUAAGAAAAAAUUUAACAUCCGGUAUCUCGGAAACGAAGCAUUUGCAGAUAUAUGUUUAUAAAUCAAACUGUCAUUAUUUUUUUAUGCAGAAUUACCCCUUAAAGUUUGUCGCACUUAUUUAGAAACACCCUGUAUUGAUGAGGAACAUGGCUAGUUGUCAAAGUACCUAACUUUUUCAUUAUCCAACAUAAUUGAAUGAGUCAAAAAGCAGAAUGUUAAGAAAGGCUAAGGCUACAAUUAAGUUUUAAUUUCAAUAUUUUUUAAAUGCUAGAAUGUUCCACAGGGUGUUACGAACUUUCAGAAAAAAACACAGUAUUAUUGUUACACCCGGUAUACAAUGACAUUUACCUGUUUAGCAACACGAUUACUACAUCCAUAUUCUUACAGAAUAAGGCUAUAACAUAUUAAAAAAAUCACUAAAAUCGGACAACAGGUUUUAGGAGAUUUGAGACAUCAAAAAUGACCCAUUUUUGUGGUGUCCCGAUUUUUUUGGCCAGGAGUGUAUAUUCAGUUCAAAUUUUUGUCUUACAAUACUUUUCACAUUUUUGUGAAGCUUUGCAGCUAUGUGCGAGCUGCUAUUCUAGCAUUUGAUCUUUUUACUGGGGUCUACUUGCUUUAGCUCUACUAGAAGUCUCUCUCUCUCUCUCUCUCUCUCUUUCUCUCUCUCUCUCUCUUUCUUCUUUCUAUGGCACUAGAGUAUUGGUGUUUUUUUUUAUACAGGAAAGGCACUUCACGAACUUUCUUGUGCAUAUUGAACGUGUUACGUUUCUUUUCCUUUUACCGUUUUAUGAUUUCUAAACAUGUACCUGCCAUCCACUUUUCUUUAGUCAGAUUAUAAUCGAACUGUUCAGCUUCUGUACCUGGCUUGUCUGCGUUAGAGUAUACUUAAAGUAUAGAGAAGAGAGAGAUCGAUAUUUAUAUACGAUAGUCAAUUAGGCCUUCUGUCAAGGCCUCCAACAUUUUUUGUUGAUUAAUGGUGUCAAAUGCCUUUUCAUAAUCCACAAAUAUUAAAGAAUAGGAACUAAUAAAAAACAAUUUUUUACUGAAUUACAGAACGAAUAUGAAUGCCUAGCUUUAAGAUAUUUAUAAAUAAAUUAUUAUAUUUCCAAUAGUUCUUUGUAAAAUAAUACCAGUAUUGCAAAGAGAACAGGUUGUUUCAAAAUACUUGUCAGGAUGGAUGUUACGUAUUAGGCCCGGAUCCCGCGUACCAAAAUAAAGUUUAUUAAAAGCAAGCUGAAAAUGUGUUAAAAACUUAACGGUGUCUAGUCGGACAAACUUUGAUGUACGGGAACACUGGAACAGGGGAAGUUUUAAUUGUGGAACAGGUUACAGGUUUCGAACGUCAGAAUACGAAAACGUCCCUUGUAUUUUGUCGGACACAACUUCCAAAUUAUUUAUUACCCUUUCGUCAAAACUCUCAUGCAAAAAUCAGACUGCUAUUUACCACCCACAUAUUCCUCUCAUUUGACAUGUUCUACGUGUCGGACGUAUUAAAAUGUCCAACAUAUCUGUCGGACAAACAUUUUUUCAUAUAUUAUAUAAAGUUUGCUAUUGAAUAAACUUAAAAACAACCUGCUAAUUUUCACAAUCAUAAACUUGUCAGUAUGACACGUUCCACAAUUAAAACUUCCCCUGUUCCAGUGUUCCCGUACAUCAAAGUUUGCCCGACUAGACACCGUUAAGCUAUUAACAAAUUUUCAGCUUGUAAUUAAUAAACUUUUUUUGGUACGCGGGAUCCAGGCCUACAUGUAUAGUUUUCGUAAUUUUUCAAUUAAAUCUAAAAUUAUAAAUUGAUGCCUUCUUAACCUUGGCAAGUGUUUCUAGAUUAUGUAUCUGCCGGUAAUUAUUUUGCGAUAACCUGGCCAUUUUUUAUAUAUUAUGUCGACAUAAGUAUAUGAUAUAUUAUUGUAAUAUUUAUUCCUAAUUACGGCUUAUUUUUAUAAUUUUUUAAAUAGUUUUUAAGAGUACAGUAUUGUUAACAUAUUAUGAAAUACCUAUAAAUAAAAAAAAAUGUUCGAAGUGU